CCGCCGUGACUGUUUUGCCGUCCGAUGUUACGCUGCGCAGCCUGCGCUGUUGCAAGGAAACUGUAGUGUCAUUCGGUGUCAUUCGAUCUCGCGCAAUUGCAUUCGGAACACUUUAACGAACCAAGCAUGAUGGAUCUGUUGACAGAAACUGGGAAAGGACGUUUACCCGAUUACGAGGUGCAGGGAGCAAGAAAAGUGAGCUUCAGCCCGUACUCCGACAACGGAGGGAGUGUGGUGGCUCUUGCUGGGGAAGAUUUCUGCGUCAUAGCCGCGGACACGCGUCUCAGCACCGGAUUCUCCAUCUACACUCGGGAACAGGAUAAAUUGUUCCGCUUGUCGGACACCACUAUCUUGGGAUGCUCCGGCUGCUGGUGCGACACCUUGACGCUAACCCGUCUUCUAACCGCUCGCAUGCAGAUGUAUAAACAUGAACAUCAAAAGGAAAUGACGACACCAGCAGCAGCACAAAUGCUGUCGAUAAUGCUGUAUCACAAAAGAUUCUUUCCUUAUUACGUCAGUAAUAUACUUGCUGGAUUAGAUGAGAACGGGAAAGGCUGUAUAUAUAGUUAUGACCCAAUUGGGCAUUGCGAGAAAACUACAUAUAGGGCUGGUGGUUCAGCCGGCGCACUUUUGCAACCACUCCUCGAUAAUCAGAUUGGCUACAAGAACCAAGAAGGCGUUACUCCUACGCCCCUGACUCAAGAAAAAGCUGUAGCAAUCUUGAAAGACGUUUUUACUUCUGCGGCUGAGAGAGAUAUAUACACAGGUGAUGGAAUAACCAUCAAAAUUAUUACCAAGGAUGGAAUAAAAGACACCAGUUUUGCUCUGAGAAAGGACUAAUGGGGAAAAAAAGCAUUUAUAAUAUAUCUGCGCAAAUAAAGUUAUUUGAAUAUUCCGACACUGUCACUAAAUUCUUUCUCUUUCAAACAUUCUUUGAAGAAGGUAACACGGAGAGAGGGAAUCUAAUCAUUUUUUUGUAAUAGAUCUUGAAUGCACAUAUUGAAAUUGCAUACAUGAUAAUCUGAAAUAUAUAAAUACACGUAAGCGAUA